CGCGGGUUUCGCUUCAUCUGGUUAAUAACAAACAGCCUCACCGGCAGUCCAGCAUGUCUCCAACACCGUCCGACUCUCCUCAUGGAGCUACAGAUUCAGCACUCGAUUCAUCCAAUGUUCUGACCCUUGCCGCCUCGUGCCUUGACAAGGAUGCACCGAACCUGAAUACUGCGUGGGAGGCGAUUGCGCUCGUGGGCCAUGCGUGCAUGGUUGCUGUUGAUUUCAGAUUAAUCGGUCUCGGAGAAGAUCGAAGAGUAGAGCAAAAUGCCCCUACGGCCGUGCUUCCCAAGGAGUGGAAUCAGACGAAAAUUUACUCAUUCCAAUACGCGCAUAGCCGAUCUUCCAUGCAAUUCAUUCUGAAGGUUAUACAGCUCGGAAAUAACGCCGUUGUUUCUGCCAUCGCUCUCGGCGACGAUAGAACAGCCUCCUUCGACAUCUUUGUUCGUGAUUAUGUUUCCCUAUCAUCUCUACCUAUCUCUCCAUCUUCGGACCUUUUGGAUACCCUAAAUCGCGUGUUUAUCUCCCCUGAACGUUUGAAGGACCUCAUUUCACUCUUCCGAAUAAACGUUAUUCAGAAACUCGCCCCAGGCCUACAGAAAGAGGGAUACGAAGAUACUUCCCAAGGCGCAGGCGGCGCUUCCCGGCGUCGCCAGGAAGAAGUUGAAGAUCGAAGACCGCCGCGAGAUCCGUUGCGGGAUGAUCGAUUUCCUCCCCCCGUCCAGCCAUACCCUUUCCACGAUCCACUCGCCGCUCCGCCCCGCCGUCCCCUUCCCGCCGGAGAUUUUCCACCUCCGGGCUUUGAAGAUGAAUACGAGAUCAAUGUCCCACCUCGAGGAUACAAUCCGUAUGGUGGCGAACGUCGGCCCUUGAACAUUGGCGACCGAGAUUUGUAUCCUCCCGGCCUGGGUCCGCAUGAUCCGCUCCGGCCACACUUAGGGCCAUCGGGAGGUGGUGGUGGGAUGCACCCGACGUUUGAUGAUCCUAUAUUUGGCGGGACCGGCGGGCAAGGUGGGCCGUUUGAUCCGCAAGUUCCGCCAGGCGCCAGAUAUGAUCCUGUAGGCCCAGGAGACGGGAGACCUUUUGGGCGUGGAGCAGGCCGGGGAGGAGGUGCGGGGCCCGGAGAAGGCGGGUUUGGUGGACUUGGUAGGUUUGGAGGAGGCUUUGGGGGAGAUAUAAUCUGAUAUUAAUGACUUAUGCUUUGCAUGGAUUCAAUGAAGCUUACGACAUGAAAGUUAAUGUUUUUGCAUAGGGAGUAAUUUGCAUUGGGAUGAGGAUAUGGCAGGGCCAAAUUGCAUAUGGUAAGGAAGCAUACUUGAAAUAGUUUCAAAUAUGACAAUCCUCUACUCCAUAUAAAGCAAUAUUUCCUUUGAACCGAGCUAUUCGUUCAAGAUAACUUGUAUAAUAUAGAGACGUGUCGCACGCUUGAA